CAAGGGAAACAAAUCAAGCAAGAAGGUGCAAAUGAAGAUGAAGGUGUCGAUGGCCAAGCUGUUAAGCAAGGGAAACAAAUCAAGCAAGAAGGUGCAAAUAAAGAUGAAGGUGUCGAUGGCCAAGCUGUUAAGCAAGAGCAACAUGUCAUUGACAAGAAUCAAUUUGUCGCUUAUGUUAAGAACUACAUUAAGUUGUUGGCACCUAAGUUGGAACCAGAGAAGCAAAAGUUGUUUAAGAAUCAUAUCGAGGGAGAAACUAAAUGCCUUCUCUCAAAGCUUGGUGACCUCCAAUUGUAUGUGUAG